UGCUCUGCCUUUUCUUUUAAACUUAGAAGCAUUUUCAAAUUGCCUCCGAAGCUUAUAUUUUGUAGUAGAAAGCGGAAAGCAGAAGGCACUGGAGUUGAAAAUAUCCUAAAACUUUACUACGAAAUUAUGGUUUGAAGAUGGACUUAAAAAGUAACCCAGUAAUCCUGACCUGUGUAUCCUCGCAUGACAACCGGUUUGCCCACUUGGACCUGGAAGCUCUCUACGGCAUCCCCCUGACCUGUCCCGUGGAGAAGUGCCAGGCCCAGAUGUCGCCUCUCGAGAUGCUCACCCACCUGCUGAUGCGGCACCGUCCCCACGAGUCGAUGAUGGAGCUCAAGUCCAACUGGCCCACGCAUUACGAGGUGGACCUGGACAAGCUGACUCCGGGCCGGAACCAUGCCGUGGGCGUGAUCGCCUACGGUGGCACUCCGAAAAGUGGACGCAGUUGUGCGGUGACGCCAGAGCUGCAGAUCGUCCAUAACAUGCCCAUCAUCCUGAUGUUGUACGUCAGCCCGCCGGCGACGGAUAUGCAGGAGGCCUACAUCUUCUAUCUGGUCAGCACGGUGGCCUCCAAGCGGGUCAGAGCCCACGUGUCCCUGCUGGACACCGAACAUACCCAGGAGAAGAUCGGCGUGCGCUGCCUGCGAAACUUUUUGGAAAGUCCACUGCAGAACAGCGAGUCGCUUUUAUACUGCAACCUGGACUACCUCCUGUAUUCGGCCACCGAUAUAGGGGAGCUGUGCCACUGCGCCAAGGAUCGGCGCGUUUACGUAAAAAUCGUGAUUAAAGGCGAGCCCGACAUGUUCGAGGUGGGUUACCCAUUUGAGGAGGAUAAUAGACCCCCGGCAAACUCCCUGCCAAAGGUGACUCACUCGGAUUGACAGACACAUUAGAGCCAACUGCCGGUAAUUGACGCACACACUUGAAACUCGAGUGGCUGUCAAUAAUAUUCGAUUUUUCAUCUGUGUACUGUAUACGAGUAUAUUGUACUGUCAGAAAAUCAGUCCCCACUUUUCAUUCAAUAAUUUUUUGUUUUGG